AUGGAACAAAGGGGAUGUCUGACGUGGAGAGAGCGGACAAAGUGGAUGGUCUACGUGUUGGUUUUGGUCACGGUUUGUGGCAGAGUUACAGCACAAGUCCGAUAUUCCGUCGCUGAGGAAGUGAAAGAAGGAACUGCUGUUGGAAAUAUUGCGAAGGAUUUAGGUCUCGAUAAGACCACGCUGAAGGAAAGGGGGUACCGCAUUGUCUACAGCUCGACAGAGCCUCCUUUUCGAGUGAAUCAGGACGAUGGUAUAUUGUAUGUGAACCGUAAAAUUGACAGAGAGGAAGCGUGCGACCGAAGCAAGGUCUGUGUCAUCGAAUUGAAAACUGUACUAGAAAACCCACUGGAGGUCCACUACGUAGCCGUGGACAUUCUGGAUAUAAACGACCACGCACCGAUCUUUCCUGAAAGUGAGAAAAUGUUAGAGAUUUUUGAAUCUGCAUUACCGGGAGCUAGAUUUCAGUUACAAGCUGCGCGUGAUGCUGAUAGUGGUUUAUUAUCCGUUCAGCAGUAUAAGUUGAGUCAAAAUGAACAUUUUCGUUUGGAGGUGAAAGAUCGCGGCGAGGACCGUAAAACUCCCAGUUUAGUUCUGCAGAAAUCCCUGGAUAGAGAAUCCGUUAAGACCCAUGUGUUACUUCUGACAGCCACUGACGGAGGUAAACCUCCACGCUCCGGUAACAUGACAAUACAUGUUGAUGUCUCUGAUGUUAAUGAUAACCCCCCGGUCUUCACGAAAGAUUCGUAUCAUGUACAUUUAAAAGAAAAUUCUCCACUUGGAACGACUGUUAUUCAAGUUAAUGCAACAGAUAUGGAUGAAGGUUCAAACGGGGAAGUAGAAUAUUCAUUUGGGAGUGACGUGGAUGCACGAGCACGUGCACGUUUCGAUUUAAAUCCGGUGACUGGAGUCAUUACUGUGGCAGGGGCCCUAGAUUUUGAAGACAGUGGAAGAUAUGAAAUUGAUAUACAGGCAUCAGACAAAGGCGCAGCGACACUGACAACAGACAAACCCGUCAUUAUACACAUUAUUGACGUAAACGACAACGCACCAGAGAUUGAGGUGACAUCUUUUUCACGUGCAAUCCCGGAAGAUUCUAAACCAGGAACCACAGUGGCGUUGAUUAGUGUUAAAGAUGCAGAUUCUGGUCUCAAUGGAAAAGUGUUGUGUCAUAUUAGUCAAGAUCUUCCUUUUCUGCUUGCUCCUUCUUUGCAAAACAACAUGUAUUCCCUAGUAACCAAGUUGCUUUUGGAUCGAGAGAAGCAAUCGCAAUAUAAUGUAACAAUCGUCGCUAAAGACGCAGGCGAACCAUCCCUGUCAUCAGAUAAAACUAUAAGAAUUGUUGUGUCAGAUGUGAAUGACAACAGACCAGAGUUUUCUCAGAACCCAUAUACUUUCUACAUAACAGAGAACAACAGCCCAGGCACGUCUAUUUUAUCAGUGUCAGCCAGUGAUGUUGACGAGGGAAGUAAUGCACUGAUUUCAUAUCAAAUUUUGAGGGAGAGGAGAGAAGAGAACCUGCUCAGCUCUUUUCUAAACAUCAACACAGAGAACGGAGACAUCACCGCACUAAAAAGUUUUGAUUUUGAAGCAGUGAAAACUUUCCAGUUCCACGUUGUUGCGUCAGAUUCUGGAACUCCGUCACUGAGCAACAACGUCACAGUGAACGUGUUCAUUCUGGAUCGGAACGACAACCCUCCAGUCAUCCUGUAUCCAGUCAGCUCCAACGGUUCUGCUGAAGGUGUGGAGGAGAUUCCCCGCAAUGUGAAUCCAGGACACGUGGUGACUAAAGUCAGAGCCUAUGACGCUGAUAUAGGAUAUAACGGCUGGUUACUGUUUUCACUGCAGGAAGUUACUGACCACAGUCUCUUUGGUUUGGACCGCUAUACAGGACAGAUCAGAACACUUCGCUCAUUCACAGAGACAGACGAGGCUGAGCACAAGCUGCUCAUACUGGUCAAAGACAAUGGGAACGUGUCACUCUCAGCAACAGCUACUAUUAUUGUCAAAGUCGUGGAGCCCAAAGAAGCUUUUGCAGCUUCUGAUGUGAAAAGCUCAACAAAAGCAGAUGAGGACAGUAACGUGACUUUUUACCUGAUGAUAACUUUGGGCUCAGUUUCAGCUCUUUUUCUCGUCAGUAUCAUCGUGCUGAUUUCAAUGCAGUGCUCAAAGUCCACAGACUACACUUCUAAAUAUCUGCCAGAGCCUAAUUAUGAUGGGACACUGUGUCACAGCAUCCAGUACAGAUCUGGAGACAAACGCUACAUGUUAGUUGGACCCAGGAUGAGUAUAGGAUCUACUAUAGCCCCAGGAAGCCAUGCCAAUACACUAAUGCUCCCUGACAGGAGAGGGAUAUCUGGAGAGGUAAGAUUAUAUUGA